UUCAAUCCAUAGAGACAUUUCCAGAAUCUCCAGGCGAUAUUUCGAAUCUACUUCCGUUGAAGCGACGGGCGUUUCAUUAGGGUUUCGAUCGCCAGCAGCAAGGAGAGCGAACUAAAACAUGUUCGGAGGCGACUUUGACGGCAACGCGGCUUUCGCCGGCGGCGGUUUCAUGCCUUCCCAGGCAACUACGGAAGCGCCUGACUCCGCAUCGUCCUUCAAGAACCGCGAUGUACGUACCUUGCUUCCCCUGACACUGAAGCAAUUGAAUAGCGUAUCAACCAAUGGCGAAUCAAAUUUCUCCAUAGACGGCGUUGAUAUUAACACUGUUGCAAUUGUUGGACGAGUUUCUAGAAUGGAGAACAGAAUCACCCAGGUCGAUUUUGUUGUAGAUGAUGGUACAGGCUGCGUUGAAUGUGUCAGAUGGUGUCAUGAACGUCAAGAAACUGAAGAAAUAGAAGCAAUCAAGCUGGGAAUGUAUGUUCGCCUACAUGGACACCUGAAAAGUUUUCAAGGGAAGCGAUCUGUGAAUGUUUUCUCAAUCAGGCCUGUCACUGACUUCAACGAGAUUGUACACCACUUUGCCGAGUGUAUCUAUGUCCACAUGUACAACACCAAGUCACGGGGUGGUUCCAUUUCUCAGGCUACUGUUACUCCUAGGCCCCAAAUGCCAUAUUCAACGAUGCCAACCCCUGCAAAGCCGUACCAAACUGGUCCAUCUAAUCAGUUCCCAAAUCAAUUCAAUGAUCCAUUGCACGGCUUCAAGCAGAUGAUCUUGAAUUACCUGAAUCAACCUAUGCACCUUACAUCUGAAGCUGGAGUCCACUGUGAUGUGAUUGCACGCAACCUCGGGAUUCCGCCUCUUAAAGUCAAGGAUGCAUUAGAGCAGCUCUCGAACGAUGGCUGCGUUUACUCUACUAUGGAUGAGACUUGCUUCAAAUCAACCGCGAACGCAUGAUCAAAUUCGAUUCACGUAUCAAUCGACCUCAAAGUUUCUAUUUUCUUAAAAAAGGCUUUUGUAUAGGCCCUAAGGUACGACAACCUAUGGCUUUCUUUAAGACUAAAAAUCUAGACCUAGUAGCUUUUGGAUUUCUUAAAACCUAACUCAAAGGUUCAAUCAAAUAUUUCCCGUCGUAUGA